AUGGAGGACUUCAGGAACAUCGCCGAUGAGAGCCUGCCCAGCCUCCUGGGCGCCUCCCUGAGCAGCGGCGCCAGCCUCGCUCUGGAGAACGUCACCAUCGCCUCAAACCCCGGCCUGCCUGUGGCAGCUUCCACCCUGGCCAAGAGUAAAGCGGGCUGUGACAACAGGUUCUCCGAUGUGCAGGCAUCUUACUUGGAAGAAGGUCGAUGUUCCCUGGCAUCAGGAUCUCCUCACAGCAUUCAGUCUGAUCCAGGUCCGGAAGGGAGAUUUGCCCUCAGCUUUCGGGAUGACAUGGAAAUUGUUACACGGAUCAAAGAACCUCAGCUGACUUGUGCUAGUCUGAAAGAGUCCCGCUCAGUGUGCGGAGAGGACGAGAGGAAUGUCAUGGAGCAUUCAAGUAACAGCCAUGAUACCUUGGUUGAGUUACUACCCCUUGAACGAUUAGAAGAUUUGUCAACUGGAAUAUGUUUUCUUCCAGGCAGUAAGGAUAGCAAGAUUGGUACAUUUGAACCUUGUGAAAAACUGAUAGAAGGUGAAAUUUUAAGUGAGCAUCUCAGCGCUAGCCUUUCAAGUUUUUUAGAGAAUGAGAAACUCUCAUCUAUUGCGAGCUUAGGAGGAGACUCUACUGAUGAUGAUAUUGAUGAUGAAGAGUUCUUUGACAACCAGCUGGAAGCCUAUUUUGAGCAGCUGGUACCACCAGAAAUGGCAAGAGGAGACACCAGCAUGCAGGAACUGACCAAAUGCUGUACAGCACUGAAGCUUUCUGAAAAUGACUUAAUUCAAGAGAACUUUCAGACUGUGGCAGGAGGAGGCGCUGGCAAUGCUCUUGAUGAAGACUCCCAAAAAACAGAGAUAGCUGGAUGUUCUGUAGAAAGAGAAAUGCUGCCAAGAACAGUCCAGCAACUGAAUUCCGUGCCUGGUGGAGAUGUGCUGGAUGCUUGCAGUGCUGCUGAGUUGAGGUUAGAUUCACUCUAUCUUCAGUGCAUGGACAGCCAUAAAGCGGAUGAUCUGGGCACUCUCCCAGCGCAAGAAAUAAAAUCAUCUGAGGGCCGGGUUCCUUCUGAUGCAGAAGUGCUGUGCCCGGCAGAAGGAGUUCUGGGUUACUGCACAAGUCCCGAGAUUCCGCUGAGCGCAAGCGCGGCUGGAGCGGAUGCAGGUUCCCCUGAGUGUGACGUUGGACUUGCAGACACUUACCUGUCUCCCACUGCAGCCAGCUGUGAUCUGUGCCCGCCCGCAAAAGACAGAGGUGAUACACCACACAGCAUUGUUUAUCAAAAUGAGGAGGGCAAGUGGGUGACUGACCUUGCAUAUUAUACCUCAUUUGAUGAAGAGCAAGAUUUAAAUCUAUCUGAAGAAGAUAAAAUAAAUGAGGAGUUCGUAACUGGAUCCAAAGCAGCAGCUAUGAUUGCACAAGACCAGGAAGAAUUUGAGAAAGCACACAGACUUGUACAGGCAGGGAAGGUAGACUUUCUAAAUGCAUCUGAACUAGCAGAUUCUUCGUGGAGAUCUGCCAACAGCUGCAUUCCCCUGAGAGCAUCGGAUCUUAGUAAAGAUGCUAGUUAUUUACGCCUAUCUCUGGGAGAGUUCUUUGGUCAGAGAUCUGAAGCUCUUGGUUGUCUUGGUGGAGGCAGUGAUGUGAAACGGCCAUCUUUUGGUUAUCACAUUACAUCCCCAAAGAAAAGGGAACCUGUUGCUCUGUUAAGACAGUCUGAUGCGUCAGGAGAUUAUGCUGACCAAGAGAGUUCACAAUUAUUUGAAGUGUUUCCAGAUGAUUUGGGAGCACAUAUAAAAGAGCAAACAAAUUCUGUUGAUUGUGAAAAUGGAUGUCAUGGAAGGGAGGCUGCAUCUGGAAUACAUAAAAACUUUAGUAUAGAAACUGCUACCAAAAGUAAAGCAAAGGAUGGAUUUUAUAAAGGCAAGCUUGAAGAGAGUUCCCCUGAGCAUUCGGACUCUGUCCUGAGCAUUAGUACAAUUGCCUCUGCUAUUGCCAAUGCUUCUGCCAGCACGGAGCCUGCCCAGCUAGCUGCUAUGAUGAUGGAACUCUCAAAUAAAAGUAAGAAGAAAUGCUUCCUUCCUGGAGUUGUAAACGAUGUGGAACUAGCUGCUAAUCGAGCUUCAUCGAGCAGUGUGGAAAAUAGUGCAUUUGAUAUGGAAAAAUAUCUCAAAAAAACAGAUGAGACGGAACAUGAAAGUGACUAUGAGAGUAUUGUGAAACAUGAAGCAUCUGUCCAGAACCUUAUUUAUGAUAGCUUUUUAGUGGAUAAAAAUAAGCAUACUCUUGCAGAAGAUUUGUUAAAUAAUCAUAACAAGCAGCAGGAAAUAGAGAAGCGGUUUGUGAAUUAUUUUCGUGAAGAAGCUGGCAUUCAGAAUAUCUCUUGUCUAUCUAACGUUCCGAUGGAUGAAGACAGAACUGCAAAUAAUGCUAAAUGUUCAGAAAAAUUAUCUGAUUUAAUAAAUGGUAAACCCUCACAGUCAGCGAGAGCUCAUCUUGUAUCAGAUGUGCUUGGUACCCCAAACCAAUCUACUGCAAGUGGAGCAAAAGUUUGUGGAACUGCUUCAGCAACAGAAACGGAAGUGGUGUGCAGGGGUCAGCUUGCCUGCCAUAGCAGCCUUCUUGCUACUGCCUGUUCUAAGGAGACUGCAGAAACAGGAGAUGAGGCAGCAGGUGCUGUUCCUGAGACCUGUAAUGGUUUGGUGAAAAGAACGUCAGGAAACACUGUGUCAGGUAGCAACUUCAACACUACAAAGCAAUCUAGCAUGCACGUUAGUCCUACGGCAGCAAGACCUGUGCAGAGAUUGAGCAGUGAUGAAAAGAAGCAAGAGGGAAAAACACAAAAGAGAAACAAAGAUGCUGGUAGUGCUUGCAGUGGGAAUGUGAAGCAUGUAACUUUUGAGAAGCUCUCUGUGACUUCACAGAAUGGUGGUGAGCAUAAACCCGUUCUUCCCGAAUGUGACUUUCAAUCUGUAGAGGAUGAGCAGUGCAGCUUCAGACCUUCAACUUCACCACUAAUUCACUCAUCACCUAGUGAUACUUCUGGAACAACAUUUUCAGGGUCUGAGACGGACUUUGCUUGUGCAUCGAAUUGCCAGAAGUCCCGCAGUGACAGCGCGCUUCCUCACUCAGUUUACUCAAGUCCUAGCAUAAGCAGAUUAACCUAUGUCUCUGCAUCUGACAGUACGCUUAAGAAUACAGCCAUAAUGCAUAAUCCAGACGUGUGGGGUGAAAGUGCCAGUGAACUGAGCACAACAAUAAUAAAAGCCAGCCCAACUCCUUCGCUGGAGCAUCUAAAUGAAAAUCUAAACGACUACUCUUUUCAAAGAAAGAGAAAAGAAACACUCUUUAAUAUUGAUGACAAAUCAGAGGGAAAAGAAUUUGUAAGUCUUAAAAGUAAGCUUGAAAGUGAAAAACUGUCCAAGAAUGAUUUCCCAGCAAAUGAAAAUCAGGUUGCAUCCAGUCCUUCAAAGGUAACAUCAAAUCAUAGAGAGUUGGACUAUGUUAAACCAGCUUUAGCAAGUAAAUCAUGCACCUUUCCCACACUAUCUGAUAAUGCUGAUAAACCAGAAGCGUGGCAGGAUCAUACAAGCAAAGUACAGAGACCGGGAUUGCCAUCAUUCAAUGUACUACCCAUAUAUCCUGGAUUAAGCAGUUAUAUUCCGUUAAAUCCGAACUCAUCUGAGGAACAGUAUGUUCCUAUUUCAAGCUUUAAAUCCCACGUCACUGCUUCUGAGAGUCAAACAAGUUCAUCUGUUCCCACGUUGCUUACAGGAUGUUCGCUUGCAACGACUCCAUUUGCUCAGCAGCAUCUGGGAAGUAUCCCAGCUACUGCAGGUGCAGCUUUGUCUCGGUUUCGUGCUGGCACCUUGGCAGGUUUUGGUCUCCCAGGAGGACUUCCUGGCAGUGGUCUCCCAGCAGGACAUGCUCAAAAUCCAGUUACUGCAGGAAUUCCUUUAGGUGCGAAUAUUGGUCCUGGAUCUUUGGGUGCAGCUUCGCUUUGUAAUCCACAUUCUGCUUGGAACAAGAAUAUCUUAAAUAUAAAAGCAUACACUGGACAGCCUUUGGGCCUCGGUAGAAAUGAGUGGGAGUCGUCAGCGUUGCCUGGUUUUGGUCAUGUGAAAGUCCCCGAAGAGCUGAAGUUCCCUAAUGCUUGCUGUGUGGGAAUUGCCUCCCAGACAACGCUCAGCAUUUUUAAUCCAACUGAGCGGUGGUUGCAGGUCAGCAUUGGCAUAAUCAGUAUUUCAGUCAAUGGGGAAAAGAUGGAUCCUGUGAAGUACCAGUGUCUUGUGUUCAAGAACAAGACCAUUGUAGGACCACAUUCUACUGAUGACCUGAAAAUACUUUUCUUGCCAUGUCAUUCAGGGAUCUUUCAGUGUAUUCUCAGUGUUUCAUCUUGGCAGGUUUCAGCAGAUGCUGAGACAAUAGUUCAGGCAGAAGCUUUGGCGAGUAGAGUAGUUCUGACCGCGGUUGCUGAACAUCCUAAUAUAGAAGUGGAAAAAGGCAAAACAGAAUACUUGGACUUUGGUGACUUGCCUUCUGGCAGUUGGAAGGCUCUUCCGCUAAAACUUAUCAACAAAACCCAUGCUUUUGUGCCAAUUCGGCUUAUUAUCAAUGCAAACGCAGUCGCUUGGCGUUGCUUCACGUUUUCCAAGGAACCGGUCAAUCCUUCUAAUGAGCACUCGUUCCCAAUGGAUGCAAUUACUCCCAUAGCAGCUCCCUCGGUUGUAAACCAUGUGAUACAUGCAAGCUAUGAUGGACAAGAUCCUGAAGCUUUAACAGUUUGGGUCCUGUUCCACGCACCUAAGAAACAGAUUUCUUCUUCAGAUUCCUUAGGUCCAGCAGAUGAAUUCUUGGCAAGAGUUGAUGUGGAGGUUGAUAGCCCAGGGCCUAGCAGUGUGAUUAAAAGUAUUCCUCUUCGAGCAAGAGCUGGCACGGCGAGGAUACAUGCUCCAAAGGAUUUACAGACAAUAUCUCUGUCUGCUAGUGUGGGUUCAUCAUCUAAGCAGCAGCUGCCAUUGAAAAAUGCUGGAAACAUUGGUGUAUAUUUAAAAGUUAAGAUAUCAAAUCAGGACAGCUGCUUUUCUGUUGAACCUGAGGAUCUCUUCCUUCGUCCUGAAGAAGAACAAGAAGUAGCUGUCUUGUUUUCUCCAAAAAGCUUAAGCACUGCAGAAAGCUCAUUGAAAAUCCUCGUGCUGCCAUCUGGGCCUCAGUAUGAAGUGGUGCUGAAAGGCGAGGUGGGGAGUGUGGAAAGCAGACCUGUGUUUGCUGCUGCUCGGUGCACAGACAUCCCGCCCAUUCUCUCCAAUAAACAAUUCGUUGCCUGGGGAGGUGUAGCACUUGGGAGAUCAGUUCAGCAGAAGUUAACUCUAAGAAAUAACUCUCUGUCUGUGACUCAACAUUUAAGACUGUUGAUAAGAGGCCAGGAUCAGGACUGCUUUCAGCUGCAAAGUAUAUUUGGAUCAGAGGAACGCCUAACUAGCAAUUGGGAGCUCAAAAUCCGUCCCAAAGAAGAUACUAAUAUAUACUUGAUGUUUGCACCUACUCGUAUAACUUGCAUGUUUGCAAAGCUAGAAAUCAAACAGCUGGGGAUUCGAUCACAGCCAGGAAUUAAGUUUACUAUACCUCUUUCUGGAUAUGGAGGAACAAGCAAUAUCAUCUUAGAAAAUGUUAAAAAGCUGUCAGGUGGUUACCUGAUAAAACUGGAUGAAAUAUCCUCUGCAAGUUUGGGGAAAGUUUCUUUCCGCAUAAGAAACACAGGCUCUCGUGCUGCCUACGUUAGAGCAUUGUGCUUUGCAGACCUUGAGACAAAAAAAAUUGUGGAUCCUCACGCAAUGACGAUGAAUCCUGAGAAGUUUGUGCUAAAGGAAGGAACACAUGAGGUGAUUACUGUAACAUGGAAGCCUGUGGAAAAAGAAAACUUGCAUAAAACAAACCCAUUGAUAUCAGCAAUAUGUUUUUUUUGGGGAGAUGAAGUAUCCAGACAGCAAUAUCGUAGAGCCAUGAUGUAUAACCCUCAGGUAGAAAAACACAUAGUCCCAGAAAACAGUCUGGUGAGAAAUGUCAUAUUUGACGAAGAAUUUCAAGGGGAGCAGCUAGUGACGGAAGUAUAUGAAAUUCCAAGGAGAUCAAAUGACAUCCAUCUCUUCUAUGGAAACAUGCGGAAGAUUGUCCUUUGUGUGAUUGGAUAUUCCCCUUCUGAUCAAGAUGACUUUGAGCAGUCUCCUCAACAUCAUUUGGCAUCAGACAGGUUUGGCAACUCUGUCAGACAUAUCAAUGCAACUUUGGAUGUUCUUCCCGUUAAAGGACCUCAGGGUCCUCCGUUACAUGUUAAAACUGAUGAUAUUAUUCAGAAUAUAUUAGUGGAUCAGCAGACUUGGUCUGUUAUACCCGAAUACUUAAUUUUGACACCACCUUCUAUUAGUGGAACAGCUGAUACUGGACAUGUACAAAUUAUCAAUAAUUCUAGUAGGAUGUUGCAAUUUGAGCUUUCUUGGCCAGCUCACUGCCUUACUAUAACUCCACAACAUGGAAAUAUUGAACCAGAGAGCAGUAUACUAAUUCUGGUGAGUCCUAAUCCGUCACUUGCUACAAAACCUUCAGUAAUCCCUUGGAGUGGCCUAAUCUAUAUACACUGUGAUAAUAGACAAAAGUUUAUCAAAGUGCAGAUUCAAGAUGCAAUCGCAAAGGGUGCAUCUGAGGAAGGCUCUCCAUCUAGAAAACUGGAUAUAUUCGCUCUACCAUCUGAAAAUCCUGCUAUUCAUGUGGCAAAACCUCUUUCAAUGCCCUCAUUUUCAACAGUGGUAAUAAAGAACAGAACUGUCGUUUUUCCUAAUACAGGAUCUGGUGAAAGCUCAGAGAGCUAUCUGGAAAUGGAAAAUAAGGGGGAGGAAAACCUGAAGUGGCAUUUGUCAUCAUUUGCGCCACCCUAUGUUAAGGAUGUAGAUGAAAGUGGUCAUGUUUAUAGAGUUACCUACUCAGCUUUCAGAUGGUCUCGUGUUUCUGGUGUUCUUGAAGCUCAUGGAAAAGAGAAGGUUUCUGUAAUCUUUCUACCCAGAGACAGAGGAGAUUACUCCCAGUUCUGGGACCUUGAGUGUUACCCUAUUGAAAACCCAAAUAGGAAACACAAAUUAAGAUUUCAGCUUUCUGGAGCGGGAAUUAAAACAGAAAAUAAAACUUCAACUCUGAAAGCUUCCGCAGAUGCCCUCACAGGAACUGAACUUCCACCUGUGCCAGGGAGGAAGGGUUGCUCUGAUGCAUCUGCAGUUAAAGCAGGACAAAACAGUAACUCCGUUCGAGGACUGUAUGCUCCAGAAGACCUCUAUACCUUUCCCCCAACCCGAGUUGGGGAGACGCGCACGUUAAAGGUCAAUUUGCGGAAUAAUUCUUUUACUACACACCUGUUGAAGUUUGUAAACCCUGGAGAACCUUUCCACAUCAAGCACUUGAGGUACUCCUUAAGAUCCCAUCAUUACAUCAACGUGCCAGUGCAGUUCAAGCCAAAGGCAGAAGGCAGAUUUGAAUCUCUCUUGGUUGUGCAAACAAACAAACAUGGCUGUCUUGGUAUUCGGCUAUGCGGUAAAGCUAUUCCCAAAGAAUAG